UGCAAUGUACGCAUGCGCACUCCAGGAAGAGCGGAAGUGGUUGCUAACCUGCUGCUCUGUUGUGGACAAACGAAACAGCAGCUAUUUAUGGACAAAUACCGCUCCUAAUUGAGAGCCACCUGGCGUUUCGUGUAUGUAAUCGAGGAGCUCUACAAAUGUCCUGAGAAUGGCAAAGGUUCUGCCAGCGGCUUUACUGUUCUACCUCUGGAACCUUCUAAUGCGAUUCAGCUGCACGUCAGGUCUUGGGAUCAAUGAAUUGCUUUACUUCCGGGUCAUCAGUCCAGAGGAGAUAGGCUACAUCUUCAGUGCAGCACCUGCUAAAGACUUUGGAGGAGCUUUUGUGUCUUCUUAUGAUGAGAUUUUUCUUGUGCCUGCAGAACCAGCAGACGGCUGCACAGACCUGGAGGACACAGAAAUUAUCCAGGGACAAGUAAUCCUGGUGGAAAGAGGAGGUUGCUCCUUUGUACAAAAGGCGAGAAAUGUGGAGGAAGCAGGAGGCAAAGCUGUUCUCAUUGCUGAUAAUGCAGUGGACAAUGACAGCCAGUACCUUGAUAUGGUCACUGAUGGAAGCACUGCCAAACCAAGCAUACCGGCAUUAUUCCUACUGGGACGUGAUGGGAUGAUGAUCCGACGAACUCUUCAGAGACAAGCACUGCCGUGGGCUGUCAUUUCCAUUCCUGUCAAUGUUUCCUCUUUGGCCUCGUUCCCCCUGAAGCAGCCCCCAUGGACACUGUGGUAGAAAUAACGCACACCCACAACUUGAUCCGCUUCUCUACUCAGUGAACAUUAUGUUAUCUGUGCGUAUCUUGUCAACUUUGAAUAAACUCACAGCCUCCAGGAAAAUUCCUUGAUGGUGGUUGCACUGGUGGUGAACCAAUAACAUUAACUCAUGCACACGUGAUUAAACACACAGCCACAGACAUGUGGAGCAAACCUUCUAAUUGUAUCCAAACAGUCUUGCCAUAGCCAUUUGUCAAAAUAAAGACAGACAAACUCGGCAAGAAACAUGCAUGCUUGUUCUUUUCAAGAAAAAAAUUAUAAUAAUUACAGCUUUGUUGUGCCACUGACCUUGAUAUACGAAUGGUUCGUUGGUCAAACGUUUUCAAAAUGAUGUGGAAAGUCGGAUAAUACCAGAUAUUAAGCCUGGAGUGCACCAUUUUUUCCUAUGGGGAAGUGGUACAUGCCAUUGCGUAGGCCACUAUGGGACUGGAAGGGAAAAAUUGCCUUGAAUCUUACACUUUUUUUUUUUAAUCACCAUUACAUAAUACCAGGAAUGUCAUCUCACUGUAAAACGUAUAAAGAGGAAACGUUCUCAUUUGCAUGAACUUCAAAGUGUUUGAUCACUGACCAAAAAUGAACAGUUUCUAAAUGGUAAAUAAAUAACAAAGAUGUUUUGUGCAAAAUGAAUCUUAAGCCUUUGUUUUAAGUUUUUAAGUUAUAUAAGCUAUACAACUUAUAAGACCAUGCACACAGUAUGUAAUCACAGAGACUAUUGUACGCACAUUAGAGCAAGCUAAUGUCAUCAUCUUUGCAUGUUUAUCCCCUGAUACUUUCAGUCCUUAAUAACUCUAAAAGCUGCUUGACCAAUCAUGAAUUUAUCUUGAACUGGGUGGUAUUUCAACAUUCUGUCUGGUUUAUUUUCAUGAAAAUAUGCUAUUACUAAAAGACUCAUUUAGCACUGUAGUCCUGUGUUCGGUACAUUAAUAGCUAAGUUGAGUCUGGUGGUAAUAACUUUGCUGCAAGAAAAUAUUUCUUCACAAUAUUUCUUUGAAUUUAUGUUUCGAGUUGUUCAUUUCACAUGAAUGUCACUUCCUUGAGUCGUUGAGGGAACGUGACCAUAAAAUCCACAGUUAACUUUUGCCUGAAAGUUGUUUUAAGACUACAUUUUCCAAUGUUGAUGAAGAAGGGUGGGCUAGGAAAUAAAUAAUAACAGUGCCCCCUGGAAUCCUCCACAAAAUAGGUAUGUGUCUGUGUUUCUGGCAAUAUUUGUGGGGAUUUUGAUACAUUAUUUUCUAUUCUUCAGAGAGCUUGUGUUUGGUCAGAAAUCUGUUUAACCCCCGUCGAUUGUUUUCUGUAAGGGGCUACACGCUUUGACCUUAUGAAUGAUCAACCUUUACAUUGGAGUGUAGAGUAUAAAAACUAUUUAAAUGCUACUAACACCAUAGCUCUUGGGUUAGCAUUUAGACCUGCCCUUUUGUUGCUAUGAUACCAGUAAGCCUUCUGGUCUUAAUGUUAAACACAAGUUUAGACUGCAUCUGUAUAUUUGCACUUAAUCAACCUAGCAACUCCUGGAGUCAAACCAGCUCAAGU